UAAGGUGGUUCUGGUUAGUUAUGUAAGAGGGUGCAAUAGCACAACCCUCAGCUUCCACCAAUGGAAACCUGGGCAGCGCUCAACUCCCACAUGGAUGUCUUCCUAUAAAACAUCAUCUAUAGGCUAUACAUACGUCCUGAAUCUCCCUUUUGGACAUUUGGUUUAGGAGUUACUGACCUGCUCUGGAUUCUGGAGACUUUGUGCUGAUUGUUUUAUGAGUUCCGGAUGGACAACAAGGCCUACGUGGUUCAGAUGAAUGACAAAAGAGUCCAUGGCAAAUCUGCCAUCCAACCCAAACCCCUGAAUGGGACUGGUGUGACUGGGAAGGGAAUGCAUGGGAAUGGGAUACACCACGUCAACGUGAACGGCAGCUUGUAUCCAGCCAAAGUCAAGAGCCGCCGGCAGAUGUGGGACGUGCAGCCCUCAGAGAUGGCCAACAACACGCUCAACCCCAUCAGGGCCAUCGUGGAUGGGAUGAAGCUCACCCCAAACCCAGACAAACCCAUGAUCGCACUUUCUAUCGGAGAUCCCACUGUCUUUGGAAACCUGCCUACAGAUGAUGCUGUUCUCCAGGCCAUGAAAGAUGCCAUCGACUCCCAAAAAUUCAACGGCUAUGCUCCUUCUGUGGGUUACUUACAGAGUCGACAGGCUGUGGCCAACUUUUACAGCUGCCCUGAGGCUCCGCUGCAGGCAGAGGAUGUGAUUCUGACCAGUGGCUGCAGUCAAGCAAUUGAACUGGUGAUCAAUGUUUUCUGCAACCCCGGGGACAACAUCCUGGUCCCCUGCCCAGGCUUCUCCUUAUAUAAAACUCUGGCUGUUUCCAUGGGCAUCAAGGUCAAGCUUUACAACUUACUGCCGGAGAAGUCGUGGGAGAUCGACCUGCAGCACAUGGAGAGCCUCAUCGACGAGAGGACGUCCUGUCUGAUUGUUACCAACCCGUCCAACCCGUGUGGGUCUGUUUUCAAAAAGGAGCACCUGCAGAAGAUCCUUAAAGUGGCCUCUAAACACUGUGUUCCCAUCCUGGCAGAUGAAAUCUACAGCGACAUGGUCUUCCCAGGAUGCAACAGUUCCUCUCUGGCCUCUCUCAGCAGCGAUGUUCCCAUCCUGUCUUGUGGCGGUUUGGCUAAACGUUGGCUGGUUCCCGGCUGGAGGAUGGGAUGGAUCCUUAUCCACGACAGGAACAACAUAUUUGGGUCUGAGAUUCGACAGGGUCUGGUGAAGCUGAGUCAGCGUAUUCUGGGAGCCUGCACCGUUGUCCAGGGAGCUCUGGAGAGCAUCCUGAACAACACACCUGAGCGCUUCUACAGGGACACCAUCAGCUUCCUGCAGUCAAACUCGGAGAUUUGUUUUAACGAGUUGUCUACGGUCCCCGGCCUGAACCCCGUCAUGCCUUCAGGAGCCAUGUACCUCAUGGUCGGGAUUGAAAUGGAACGUUUUCCCGACUUUAAGGAUGACGUGGACUUCACUGAGCGGCUGGUGACCGAGCAGUCGGUCUUCUGUCUGCCGGCUUCGGCGUUUGAGUAUCCCAACUUCUUCCGCAUUGUGGUGACGGUUCCGGAAGAGAUGAUGGUGGAGGCCUGCAUUCGAAUCAGGGAGUUCUGCCAGCAUUACCACCGACCCCCCAGCAGCGACUGUAAUGACCUAGACCAGUGAUGCGGCGGAGCUGGGACCAGUGUGACUGACCAUCACACCCACAGAUUUGUUGCUACAGUCAUCGUCGCCGCAGCAAAGGGCUUAGGAGCUGUUUUCCAGGAGAUGUAAUUUUUGAUGAUGAAUAUCUUCGUAUUUAUUUUUUUACAGGCAACGUCUAUUAACCUCCUCUUGUUAUAUAUAUUUAUACAAUUUGUGUAACUCUUGCAUGCUUCUUUGAUAUUAAUUGCAGAGAAAUAAGUAUUAAUCAGAAUUUUUUAUCGCAUUCAGAGAAAUAUAUCUGACUGGUUUGAUAAGAAACACACAUAUGCUGAUACUUUUGCAUGUUUUGGACUGCAGGGAAAUGUUCUUCAUCUAAAGAUUACCUGUAUAUCAUGUUAAUUAUAUUAAACUACAUAUGCAUUUUUA